AUGGAGACCUCGGGACCUGCGGGGCCCGAAGCCCCAGAGCGGCGGCGCGGAAGCAAGUGCGCAGGCGCGCGCUGCGACGCCCGCAUCGGCUCCGCGCAGACCAUGGCGAUGAACCUUCUGGAGGAUUGGUGCCGGGGGAUGGAAGUCGACAUCCACAGGUCUCUCUUGGUUGUAGGCAUCCCAGAGGACUGUGGACAAGCAGAACUUGAGGAGACUUUGAAUAGAGUCCUUUCUCCACUGGGCUCCUACCGCGUGCUCAACAAGAUUUUUUUGAGGGAAGAAAAUGCCAAAGCUGCCCUCAUCGAGGUCGGUGAGGGUGUGAAUCUCAGCGCCAUACCAAGGGAAUUCCCAGGAAGAGGCGGUGCCUGGAGAGUGGUCUGUAGAGACCCCACCCAGGAUGCUGAGUUUCUAAAAAAUCUCAAUGAAUUCCUGGAUGCUGAGGGGCGCACCUGGGAGGACGUGGUCCGCCUCCUCCAGCUUAACCACCCACCGCCAUCCCAGAACCAGAAUCAACCCUCACAGAACUGGGCAGAAUCUUUGGGAGCGCUCCUGGGGGCAGUAGUGCAAAUCAUCUUCUACAUGGAUGCUGAGAUCCGCAAUAGGGAGGAAGCUAGGGCUCGGGAGGCUAUUGAGUUUGAGGAGUCUGAAGGCUGGGUUUUAGCAACAGGGAAGAACGUAAAGAAGGAGCCAGGGCUGGUUGCAGAAGUGGGCUCUGCCUUGAAGAUAGAGAGCCCCAACAACUGGAACCAGGUGGAAAACCAGGAUGACCCUCCGAAACCUUUGGUUCGAAAGACUGGAGCUAAGACCCGCUCCAGGAGAAAGAAGCAGAGAAAAAAUCUCAAGCAGGAACCAGUACCCUGGAAAAAACCCAAAGGCAACCAUUCCAGUGGCGCAGCCUGCUUGGAGGAUCCUGAGGCUGGCAAUGCUGAAGGCAUGGAGAUUUCAGAAUCUACCAAGAGCAACCAAAAGCCCUGUGUAAAGCAGGAAGAGGUGGCUUUGAAGAAGCCUAUGGCAAAAUGUGCCUGGAAGGCUCCCAGAACCCCACCUCAGGAGGCCGCAGCAGAAGCCAAGAGCCUUGGCAGGGCCUGUGAGUCUGACCAAGAUGGCGGUCAGGAGAGCACCCGGAAGAAGAAGGCAGUGGGCUGGGCCUCAGGAAAGAAUCCUGCCCCCAUGAGGAAGAAGAAGAAGGUGAGCUUGGGUCCUGUCUCUUACGUCCUUGUUAACUCAGAAGAUGCCAAGAAGAAGCCUGUGAUCCCAAAGAAGGGGCCAGGCUCAAGAAGGGAUGCAUCAGUUCAGAAGGCCUCUCGCAGCUCGAGGCCCACUGAGUCACCAGCCUCAACAUCCAGGGGACCAAAGUCAAAGUCAGAAGGCUCUCCUCUUGAGGACACCAACGAAUCCAGAAAGCUUUGAUUUGAGGAGCUGAAAGAGGACCAAUGAAGAAGUUCCAAGGUGUUCCUGAGGAGAAGUUCCAAGUCAGGAGCCAAGUUUUCUCUUGUCAUUGGAUAAAACAAGACUUUUGACUCUUUUAGGGACCCAGUUUGUAGAGGUCUUAACUUUUAGAGGUAAUUAAUA